CGUGAAAGGCACGUAAGCAGCAUGGCAGAUCGAUACUUGAGUUUCUCUCGUAGCAUUCACGAAACUGCCUCAGUCCACGAAACUAUAGAUAACACAUGUAGAGUUUAUCAUCGCCGUUGGUACAUUCUAGUUGUGUUUUCCCUUAUUGCGGGUUUACAAGGAUGUGUUUGGAAUACUUGGGGACCCAUUACGGGAUCGGCAGAGGCCGUUUAUGGAUGGACCGAUGGUACGAUCGCUCUACUGGAAAACUGGGGUCCUAUUACUUACAUACUAUCCUUUGUCUUAUUUUCAUGGCUCAUGGAUGUAAAGGGUCUGAGGUCCUCAGUUCUUCUGACCAUAUUCCUCAUAGCACUUGGGAAUGGGCUCAGAUGCAUCGCUACGGAGCCAAAGACUGCAACAUGGUUUAUUCAUCUUGGUCAAAUCUUCAAUGACUUGGGUGCACCAGUAGCAAUGGGUGCUCCUCCCCUUGUUUCAUCGACAUGGUUUCCACCCAAUCAAAGGGCAACAGCUACAGCUAUAUCUACACUAACUAGCUAUAUUGGUAUUUCUGUGUCAUUUGUUGUUGCACCAUUUAUACUUAAUCCAAAGGAUCUGACUUCAUCUGUUAAUGGUAGCAAAAAUAUUAGUGGCAAUAAUUCCCAUCAUGGGAGGUAUAACGAUGAAGUGACAAAAGCCAGGAAUGACAUUAUGUUAUACCUAUAUGUUGAGCUUGGCAUCAGUGUUUUCUUACUUCUGUGUGUUUUGGUCUAUUUUCCUGCUAAACCACCUCAUCCCCCAAGUUUCUCUGCUGCAAGAGCCAAAGUUGACUACAUUGAGGGUGGGAAAAAACUGUUAAAGAACAAACAAUUUUGGAUCUUGAACAUCUUGUAUGGAACAACAACAGGUGUGUUCAGUGGCUGGGGAGGAGUACUUGCUGUUAAUCUAUUGGCAUUCAAAGUUAAUCAGGAUACAGCAGGAUGGAUUGGAUUUUAUUCUAAUAUUGCAGGAUGUGUUCUUGGGAUGAUAAUGGCAAGGUUCGCGGAUUUUUUUACAGGAAGAAUGAAAUGUUUCUUGAUAUUCUUAUUCCUUGGCUCUACUGGUUCUUUCCUUUGGUUUUCAAUGCUGUGUCAAAACAUCAUACCAUUCAACAGAGUCUGGUUGUACGUAUCUGCAGUACUGGGUGGCUGUUUCAUUAAUGGAUCCAUCCCAUUAUUCUACGAGCUGACUGUUGAAACAACCUAUCCUAUCGCCGAAGGAAUCCCUAUGUCUGUCAUCACUACAUCCAAUCAUCUCUCCUGUCUUCUUUUCUUGGCAGCUCUCAUGAUUCCCAAUAUUGGGACCAUGUGGAUGAACUGGUGUAUGGUGGCUGUCUGUGGUGUCUGCAUUCCAUUGCUACUCGUCUUCAAGGAGAAAUACCACAGGUAUGAACUUGACACUGGGACUAUACAACAAGAGAGGCAACUUGCUCGAACGAGGCACAGGCACCACGAGAAGGAUGACGAGACCAGGGCGCUGCUAUCCUCGGGGGAACAUGAAGACAAAUCUCUGCGGUACACCAGUAGCGGUAACUCUGUAGUUUGAUCUAGGCUGCAGUGGGAACGAAAUAUUCGGGGAAGCAAGAGCUCAGAGCUCAAUAUGAAAAAUGUAGAAGGAUUCGCUGCCGGAAUUCAGUCCGAUUCCAUAGAACGUUGGAUAUCUUUUUGCCUCGCUUUAUGGGGGAUAGGUCCUUCGAAUCAGGACGAGCUCACAAAAACUGAAGUAUAUAAUUAUAUAAACAUACUAUGAUUUUAUAAAUUUAUAGGUAUAAUCAUAUAUAGUAUAUAAACAAAGCAUUUUUAGCAUUCAUUCAGAUUCCCCGUUUUGCCGCUGCUUCGAAGAUAUGAGUUACUCUUUAUCUUCACUGGUCCCACGGGUUCGAAUAAAUAAAAAACUUAUAACCUGA